AAUGAACAAUCAUAAAAUCAAUAGUCAUAAGAUAUAUAGCUUCCAAAUUGAAGAAAAAACUAUAUUAUCUAGCUAGCAAAGCGUUUUUGUUGAACAAUAUUUUUAUUAGGAGAUAUGUUGAAUCAUUGUCUUUUCUUUCUUUUUUUGGGGGCAAAUGUUGAAUCAUUGUCUCAAAUUAGAGUUUCUACUAUAUGCAUGUUUCGGUCUUUAAUAGAAGAUCUUGAUUGACCAAAAAUAUAUUUUUUUUUUCUUUCAGAAAUUGGUUCUUGUCAUGUUAAAUACAUAUGAUUUAUAUCUAGACUAAUGGUAAGAAGCAAAUGCUAGCAUUUAAAACCUCGGAUCUUAAAUUUGUAAAAAGAGAGGACAAUCUUUGUGCUAUUACCGACAAAAAACGCUAACCGAAAGUAUGGCCGGUUAUUGUUGAAAUCAAACAGCAUAACUUGACUUUGGAAUAACAAAUUACAUUCGCUUUUGUUAUCUUUUUUUUUUGCUUUGAGAGAAUAAAUUAAACAAAACAAAUCUACAAUCAUCAUAUCACCAACACCAAACCAUCCCUUCACCGUCACAAAAGGCCUAUCCUUUAACUUCUCUAUCUCCGUGAUUUACUUCCCCAGAAUCCUUCUUUUGUCUCCCACAGAAUCCAUCAAUCCCUUCUUAAGUCGUCAACAUCUUAAUUUAGUUUUUUUUUUCUUUACUCGAGGAAAAGUCACUACACCAACCCAAAAUAUUAUAUAUACACAAAUAUAUUUGUACUUAUAUUUAUGGAUAUUAUAAUUUAGAAGAGAGCUGUGUUUAUAUAGUGUUUUGAUGCUCUUGCUUUACUUCUUUCUCUCCUUUGUUUCAUUCCAUUACUUCACAUGAAGAUCUAGAUCUGGGUCCAGACAAAUUUCACCGACCCAGCUCUUUCACAUAUUUAGACCUCUCUCUCUCUUAUUAUCAGUAAGGUUUUGUUCUCUCUUGUCGUCUUCUUGUUUUGUCCGUAGCAUUAUUAAUCAAACUCAGCCUCUGAAAUACUCUCAGUGACAAACCACUUCAUCACUAAGUUUUCUGUCGACUUUUGUCUUUUGUCUCUCACUAUAACCAAAACAAUCCAAAAACCCAAAGUUAUCAAUGGCUGGUUAUAUGCACCCUCUUCUAGGGCAAGAACUGCAUCUACAGAGACCUGAAGAUUCCAGAACCCCACCUGAUCAAAAUAACAUGGAACUUAACAGAUCUGAAGCAGACGAAGCCAAGGCCGAGACCACUCCCACCGGCGGAGCAGCCAGCUCAGCCACAGCCUCUGGCUCUUCCUCCGGACGCCGUCCACGUGGUCGUCCUGCAGGUUCAAAAAAUAAACCCAAACCUCCGACGAUUAUAACCAGAGAUAGUCCUAACGUCCUUAGAUCCCACGUUCUUGAAGUCACCUCUGGUUCGGACAUAUCCGAGGCUGUCUCCACCUAUGCCACUCGUCGCGGCUGCGGCGUUUGCAUUAUAAGCGGCACUGGUGCGGUAACUAACGUCACAAUACGGCAACCGGCGGCUCCGGCGGGUGGAGGUGUGAUUACCCUGCAUGGUCGGUUUGAGAUUUUGUCUUUGACUGGGACUGCGCUUCCGCCGCCUGCGCCACCGGGAGCAGGAGGUUUGACGGUGUAUCUAGCCGGAGGUCAAGGACAAGUUGUAGGAGGGAAUGUGGCUGGUUCGUUAAUUGCUUCGGGUCCGGUUGUGUUGAUGGCUGCUUCUUUUGCAAACGCAGUUUAUGAUAGAUUACCGAUUGAAGAGGAAGAAACUCCACCGCCGAGAGCCACCGGGGUGCAGCAGCAGCAGCCGGAGGCGUCUCAGUCGUCAGAGGUUACGGGGAGUGGGGCCCAGGCGUGUGAGUCAAACCUCCAAGGUGGAAAUGGUGGAGGAGGUGUUGCUUUCUACAAUCUUGGAAUGAAUAUGAACAAUUUUCAAUUCUCCGGGGGAGAUAUUUUCGGUAUGAGCGGCAGUAACGGAGGAGGAGGCGGCGGCCUGACUAGACCCGCAUUUUAGCGUGUUAUAGCGUUUUGGUGACACCUUUUGUUGCGUUUGUGUUUGACCUCAAACUACUAGGCUACUAGCUAUAGCGGUUGCGAAAUGCGAAUACUAGGGUUUUUUUAUUUAUAUUUGCUUUCUCGUAAAACUUGGUGUGUGAAAAAGAAAACGAACGCUAAAGUUUCCUUUUUUCUGUUCGUUUGUUAUGAAUAGAAUUGGUAAGUGUUAUAAAAAGAACUAAAGAAGUCUUAUUUUUGUGACA